CGGCACAUGCUUUGCACAGUGCGCUGCCCUGGUUCAGUCUGAAGGGCACACCCACCCCUUGUUUCCUAGUGUGCAUGCGCUGCUCUCUCGACCCAGAGCACCCAGACCCCUCCUCUUCCCAGCACGUGCUGCGUUGCCCUGACCGAAGAGUUCCAGACCCCAGCCCAUCGUACUACUCCCAUGCAUUACUAGCAUUGCAACUCCACGUUUUCAAAAAUCAUGAGUCAGGCCCCAGAAAAUUAUGGGAUUGGUUUGAAAAUCAUAACAAGAUUUCUAACAACACAACGCGUCUGGGGUUCUUUUUACUUGCCUUCUGGGGUUUGUGCCUCUAGGGGUCACGUUUUCAAGCUUUGCACCACAGUCAGGAUUACACACUUAUUUUUUAGUUUUAAAUGAAAAUGGAGGAUCUCAUGUUUCCACGUGGCUUUAAAAAACACGACACACAGUACAAGAAUUACAAUAAGAUCACGUUGGCUGAGUUCUCUUCCCAGCUCUGCCACUGACCUGGCUGACCCUGGUGCUAGUUAAAGCACUAUAGAAGGGGUAGAUAUUAUUACUCUGCUUUGAUCUGCGCAACCUGGUUCUCCUCUUACUUCUGCAUCUGCUACUCAACCUCCAGCAGGCCAGCUCCUUCUUCUCUUCCCCAUGUAUGCUAUUCCUCCCUGAAUGGAGCGGCCUGGCCAAGUGGCCCAAGCCACUUCUCAGUGUGUGCUGCUCCACCUCUACCUAAAUGUCUCACUGUUUCAUACCCUGCCUCAACCCAAGUGGCCUUGAACUCUGUGUCUCCAACAAGCACCAUUACCUCCUUGGUUCAAGUUAGAACACAGCAUACUAGGAGCCAGCUGGCAGUUGGUGGUAGCAGAAGGUAGUAGGAGGGCCAUGGCUCUAAGAGCAUGUGGCUUGAUAAUCUACAGGAGGCUACAGGCAGGAUCCCCUUCUUCUAAAGUCGGUGACAACGUCGAAUACCUUCUCCUGCAGACAUCCUAUGGCACGCAUCACUGGACCCCGCCAAAAGGGCAUGUGGAUCCGGGUGAAGAUGACCUGCAGACAGCCCUGCGGGAGACACAGGAAGAGGCUGGACUCAAUUCCAGUCAAUUCACCCUCAUUGAAGGGUUUAAGAAGGAACUGCAAUACACUGUCAGAAGCAAACCCAAAACCGUCAUCUACUGGCUGGCAGAAAUGAACGACUGUAACACGGAGAUCAAGCUCUCAGAUGAGCAUCAGGCUUUUCGUUGGCUGAAGCUGGAAGAGGCCUGCAAAUGCGCUGAGUAUAAGGAGAUGCAGUCAGCACUCAGAGCUGUGCAUCAGUUUCUCUGUUCCAAAGCAUGAAUACUUUCAUGGGGGAAAAUGGGGAUUUUUAAAAGAAACCUGGGCUGCUCUUUUAACAAGAAUAAAACGAGGGUUGUGCAGAAAUGUAACUUUUAUACCAACCUGCUGUAUGGGGUUAAGAUACUCUGAGCUUCUAUGGAGCUUGUGCUUUUACUCCCCUAGGUUACCCUAGCUCACAUAAAGAAGCAUGGUCUGAUCUAAGCAUGAACCAGAGAGCUCGGAGAUCAAAUCCCUGCACUGAUUAUCCCUCCCCUUGUUGCUUUUAUCAGGUCACUUAUGCCCUGAAUGUUAGAAGUGUUGAGCAGCCGCAGGUCCUAUUGAAAAUCGAAUCCUUGACCUCUCCUGACACCAGAAGGAUGGUAUGGAGAAAGGGAGCAUACGGAGAAUUUUAAUAAUAAAAUACAAUUACAAAAAUUAGAUUCUGAAUUUCGAGCAGAAUAGCAAUAGCCAGAACUGCUGGGCUCUAUUCCCAGCUUCACUGACUCCUUCUGGUAACUGGGCAAGUUGUGUCAUCUUUGCCAACUGUAACAUGAGUUGUAUUUCCUUACCUUGUACGUUUAAUGUUUGCAAAGUGCUUUGAGAGCCUGGGAUGGAAGUUGUUAGAGAUGAACAAAAUUUAACUGAUAAUUUCCAACCCCCUCUGCUAUUUUUGUUGUCUCUUAUUUUGGUCUGUCUCUCACACGUUGAAGGUCAGCGGUAUAUUAUACACUCGGUCUUGGUGGCCUAAUGAGUCUAUGCCUACUUCGAGCUGAGGACCUUCUGCUCUAGAAAUCUAAGCUAAUGCCGAAUCUCCAGUAGCUGUAUUAAUAUUCCCUAUGGGUUGCAGUCCCUAGUGGGCAAUGCAGUCACUUGCUGUUGAGCACAUCUGGCAUUCCAUGCAAUAGCUAGCAGUGCUACGCACACACGAGCUAGAACGUUAGAGGUGAGAGCUAUAAUUCAUUCUUGUCUGUGGGCCUUAUCUCCCAAGGUGCUAAGCCACUGAACACCUUUAGCUCCCGCUAACAUCAGUAGGAAUUGAGAGCACUCAGCUCCUUGUAGGAUUGGGACCAUUUUAGCUCUACAGAAUGAUUUGCACAGAUACAGCAGGGUAUUGUGCCUUAGCAAGAGAAAUGAUUUCAACUCUCCUGAUAUUUUUUUAAACUCAACUUUAUUAUGAACACCGUUUCAAACCAAAUGUCAGGGAGUGAUGAAUAGCAUGGGGGGGAGGGUGUUGUGUUAGUAACGGGCAGAACAAUAAAAGAGCAAAGUUGUUUGUUUUGUUUUUUAAGAAAAUCAGUAAAGCAAGAGAAAUGACUAAUAA